AUGGCCAAUGCUUUAGCCUCCAUGUCUACUCCACCUUUCCUACGAAGAGCCGAUUUGAGAUUCGUUACGUGCUCUCUCACCGCGAUAAUCACCUCCCUGGCUGCCUCACACACAUCGAGCAGCACAACGGAGCCAUCUAAAAAAUCUUCUAGAAGUUUCCCCUUCUGGGGACACAAGAAGCUCGUGGACGCAACCGUAGAGCUCGGCGAGGUUCACGAGUCCAACAAGAAGCGUCUCAAACCGGAAAGAAGGGAAAACCGAGAUCGAGGAAGGAGUUCUCUGCCAGAUACUGAGCCGGAUCAAGGGAAGCUCAAGAACAGAGGAAUCCUCGGGUUAAAGGACGUGGGAACAUGUGAGAAGAACAUGGGUCACUUAAUCUGAUCUGUUUGUUUCUAACAUGACUAAAUUAUCAGUUAUGGCCAGUGACUCCUGUAACUCAUGUUCCUCUUUGUCUUUUUCUUAUAAAUCGAUUCAACUUUGGCUACGUACUCAUUUUAAAAAAAUCAUUUUCUUGUUCGUUUUGUCAAUGAUUUUCUUGAUUAGCCAG